CUUUGAACCUACUUGUAGGAUGGGGACCUCGAGGCCUUCCACCGAAUGAAAUAAUGCUACAAGAAAAGAAAAAGAUAAUAGAAUACGCCAACUCUUGGGUUAGCACAACUCGAAUCAACUAUCACAGACCGCAUAUUGUAAUAGUUGCGGUUUCCCGUUUUUGACCUGCUGCCAACACAUCUAGACAUCAACACCCGCCUCAAUCCUUGCUGUCACAUAUUAGUGGAUGCACAACAUGGAGAAACGCAAUGCGAAAGCCCCCGAAUUAUAUGACCUCACCACCGAAAACAUCACCGCCAACGUGCAUCUCGUCAACUCCUCGAAUCCAUCCCCACGAUUCAAGUUCCUCCUCGAGCGCCUCGUCACCCACCUCCACGAUUUCGCGCGCGAGACUCGGCUUUCUCAAGAGGAGUGGAUGCGUGCCAUCGAGUUCCUUACUCUCACUGGCAAGACUUGCACAGAUGUCAGGCAGGAAUUCAUACUGCUGAGCGAUGUUCUGGGGCUGAGCUUGCUUGUCGAUAGUAUCGAUCAUCCGAAGCCAUCGGGAUGCACCGAGGGGACGGUUCUGGGUCCGUUCCACACCCAUGACGCGGAGCAUCUGGAUCACGGGGACAAUAUGUCGCAUGACGAAAACGGGGAACCUCUGCUGGUCGUAUGUACAGUCAAGGAUAUCAACGGGGCUCCAAUAUCAGACGUCAAGGUUGAUAUAUGGGAGACCGACUCGAGUGGGAAAUACGACGUACAGCACGCGGGACGUGAACGGCCGGAUGGAAGAUGCAUACUCACGAGCAAUGAGCGGGGAGAGUUCUGGUUCAAGGGGAUUGUGCCAGUUCCUUAUCCCAUCCCGCACGAUGGUCCAGUCGGUCAAUUGUUAUCGAAACUCCAACGGCAUCCGAUGAGACCGAGUCACAUGCACUUCAUGUUCGAGAAGGAGGGCUGGGACCCGCUCAUUACGGCGCUGUACUUAAGGAAUGAUCCCUACGAGACUUCGGACGCGGUUUUUGGUGUGAAGAGGUCGCUUGUGGUCGAUUUGGGGACGGUGACUAAGGAUGUGGCAUCACGAUAUCCUGGCACCUAUGAAGGCAUGAAAUUGUUAAGCUAUGACUUUGUGCUUAUCACGGAAGAAGAAAGCCAAAAGCUCCGUGAUAAUAACAGUUUAGAGGCGUUGACGAAGUUUAAUAUUUCGGCUAAGAUUGUGGACGGAGUACCAGUUCCUGAUGUUGACUAGAUUCACCUGUGGUAGCAUAGUAGUCAAAUAGUUUUU